AGGAAUAGUCAAGUCCAAGAUGGGGUGGGCUCUCGCCUCUUCAACCCAUUAACCACCACCCCCCUCCUCCCGCUCUCAGAUCCCGAUCCGCCUCCGCCCCAGAUCCAACCACCGCCACCCCUGUCGCCGGCGCAAUCCGGCAAGGGUGCACGGCAUGUCCGGCGCCAUGGACAAGCCGUGCACGCUGCUGGUCCACUUCGACAAGGGAUCCGCCGCCAUGGCGAACGAGAUCAAGGCGAAUCUGGAGGGCAGCGACGUCGCAGCCAAGGUCGAGGCCAUGAAGCGCGCCGUCAUGCUCCUCCUCAAUGGCGAGUCCCUGCCGCAGCUCUUCAUCACCAUCGUCCGGUACGUCCUCCCUUCCGAGGAUCACACCAUCCAGAAGCUGCUCCUCCUCUACCUUGAGAUCAUUGACAAGCGCGACUCGACCGGCCGCGCCCUCCCGGAGAUGAUCCUCAUCUGCCAGAACCUCCGCAACAACCUGCAGCACCCCAACGAGUACAUCCGCGGCGUCACCCUGCGGUUCCUCUGCCGUCUCUCGGAGCCGGAGGUCCUCGAGCCGCUCGUGCCUUCCAUCCUCGAGAACCUCGAGCACCGCCACCACUUCAUCCGCCGCCACGCGCUCUCCGCGAUCUCGUCGAUCUACCGUCUCCCUCACGGAGACCAGCUCAUCCCUGACGCUCCCGAGCUUGUCGAGCGCGCCCUCGGGUCGGAGAAGGAUGCCUCCGCGCGUCGGAACGCCUUCCUGAUGCUCUGUCUCUGUGGGCAGGAACGUGCUGUGGUGUACCUGUUCUCCAACGCUGAACGUGUUACCGAGUGGCCUGACCUCCUGCAGAUGGCCGCGGUAGACCUCAUCCGCAAGGUUUGCCGCUCUCCAAACCGUGCCGACAAGGGCAGGUAUAUCAAGAUCAUUAUCUCCCUACUGUCCUCUCCAAGUACAGCGGUUGUGUAUGAAUGUGCCGGUGCGCUUGUGUCACUCUCCUCGGCGCCCACUGCAGUGCGGGCUGCUGCCAACACAUACUGCCAGCUGCUCUCGUCGCAGAGUGACAACAAUGUGAGGCUCAUUCUUCUGGACCGUCUCAACGAGUUGCGCACCUCGCAUCGGGAUGUAAUGGUGGAUGUAGUGAUGGAUGUGCUGCGUGCACUUGCCAGCCCAAACUUAGAUGUCAAGAGGAAGGUUCUGGAUUUGGUGCUCGAUCUGCUCACUCCUCGUAAUGUGGAGGAGGUGGUGCUUUACCUGAAGAAGGAGGUGGUCAAGACGCAAUCAGGGGAGCUUGAGAAGGGUGGUGAGUACCGCCAGAUGCUUGUGCAGGCAAUCCAUGCAUGUGCUGUGGAGUACCCAGAGGUGGCUGGAUCGGUUGUGCACCUCCUUAUGGACUUCCUUGGUGACAGUAAUGUUGCCGCCGCAGUUGAUGUUGUGUUGUUUGUGCGGGAGAUCAUUGAGACCAAUCCCAAGCUGCGUGUGUCCAUGAUCCAAAGGCUGGUUGAUACAUUCUAUCAGAUCCGAGCCUCCCGUGUCUGCUCAAUUGCUCUCUGGAUCCUUGGAGAGUACUCCUUAUCCUUAUCAGAGAUUGAGAGUGCCAUCGUCACCAUCAAACAGUGCCUUGGGGAUCUACCAUUCUUCACUGUCUCAGAGGAAGGGGAGACAACUGAUUCCACCAAGCCUGCCCAACCGAUGGUGAACUCGGUCACUGUGUCUUCCAGGCGGCCUGUUGUUCUUGCUGAUGGCACUUAUGCUACACAGAGUGCUGCUACCGAGGCUAUUUCGACUCCAUCUGUUACUCUUGGAUCUUCAGCGUCAACCAUGAAUCUCAGAUCACUUAUUCUGUCAGGCGAUUUCUUCUUGGCUGCAGUUGUUGCUUGUACCCUGACCAAGUUGGUCUUGAGGCUGGAGGAGGUGCAGCCAGCAAAGGUUGAAGCAAACAAGGCUUGUACUGGGGCUCUGCUUAUCAUGACGUCCAUUCUGCAGCUGGGGCUUUCCUCCUACCUUCCCCAACCGAUUGAUAACGAUUCAUAUGAUAGGAUUUUGCUUUGUGUGAGGUUGCUUUGUAAUACUGGUGAUGACGUGAGGAAGAUUUGGUUGCAUUCGUGUAGGCAGAGUUUUGCCAAGAUGCUUGCUGAGAAGCAAUUCAGGGAAACAGAGGAAAUGAAGGCCAAGGUACAGAUCUCUCAUGCCCAGCCAGACGAUCUUAUUGAUUUCUACCACCUGAAGAGCCGAAGGGGCAUGAGCCAGCUUGAGUUGGAAGAUGAGGUCCAAGAUGAUUUGAAGGCUGCAACUGGUGGAUUUACUAAGGAAACAGAUGAUGCAAAUAGGCUGAAUCGCAUUCUUCAAUUGACGGGGUUCAGUGAUCCUGUAUAUGCUGAAGCAUUUGUAACAGUUCAUCAUUAUGAUAUUGUACUUGAUGUUACUGUCAUUAACCGUACAAAGGAGACACUUCAGAACCUGUGCUUGGAGUUAGCUACAAUGGGAGACCUUAAACUUGUUGACCGCCCUCAGAACUAUACGCUGGCUCCUGAGUCAAGCAAGCAAAUACGUGCUAAUAUCAAGGUUUCGUCAACAGAGACUGGAGUCAUAUUUGGGAACAUCGUUUAUGAGACUUCCAAUGUGAUGGAACGAUCUGUGGUUGUCCUAAAUGAUAUUCACAUUGACAUCAUGGAUUACAUCUCACCUGCUACAUGCACUGAUGUUACUUUCCGCAACAUGUGGGCAGAAUUUGAGUGGGAAAACAAGGUUGCGGUGAACACGGUUAUUCAGGACGAGAAGGAAUUCUUGAAUCAUGUUAUCAAAUCAACGAACAUGAAGUGUUUAACACCACCGUCCGCUCUUGAUGGAGAAUGUGGUUUCCUAGCGGCGAAUCUUUAUGCAAAGAGUGUUUUUGGAGAAGAUGCUUUGGUAAACAUUAGUAUUGAGAAGCAAGUUGAUGGUAAGCUGAGUGGUUACAUCAGAAUAAGGAGCAAGACUCAAGGAAUUGCUCUCAGCUUGGGAGACAAGAUUACCCUCAAGCAGAAGGGCGGCAGUAACUGAGCUGCUACCUGUAACAAACUUGCAAUUGUAUGGCAUUUUUUGAAUUUAGGUGAUCCACUUGCCAGUGCCAUACUACCGGGACCAGCAGUGCGAUUGAAUUAAGUAAAAUGAGUUUUUAUGUACAAAAAGAUUGAGAGAAUGGGAAAAGGGGAAGAUUACAUAGAUGUCAGUCUUGAGAGCUGAUAACCGAUCUUCAACGUACUUGGUAAAUGGCGUUUUGUAUAAAUAGAUGCGAAGUUCUAUUAAUUGUGAUACCCCGCUUAUAUCUUUAAUUCGUUUGAGAAUGAGUAUUGUAUUCGGCA